AUGAAAACUGAAAAAAAGCUGAAACGUACCUUUUUGGCUUGCGAUAUAUGUCGAAGCAAGAAACUUAAGUGUAUCAACAACGGGUCUACCAAAGAGCCAUGCCACAGGUGUAGUCGACUAAGUCACGAAUGUAGUUACACCCCAACGCAAUCUCAUCUACGGAAACAUGUCAAUAAGGACAAUUGGGCCAAACAGAGUGAUUAUAAAGUUUCGAAGCCAAUUGUUCCUUCGCAUGAAGUCGUGAUUCCAGAAAAGGAUGUGGUCCUGGAAGUUAUAGAGCUUUUUUUCAGUCAUCAAUAUCAGGGUGUCUUUCUGUUUCUGCAUCGACCAUCCCUGUUGGCAUUCAUCAAAUCGUCAGAAUUUAACCCUUCAACUUACAUCAAUGAUUACUACAACUCGGAGUCUCCGGCUCCCUAUCAUCUACUACAUCGACCUGAUCCGGUGGUUUUGUUGUCAAUAUUUGCACUAAGUGCUCGAUUCCAUCCGAGCAUGGUUUCUUCUUAUGGUGCAUUUGAUCUAUCUCAGGACCCAGACCUGUUUACUCCGUCCUCCAGCAACGGUUCUGGUGUUUUCCGAUCUCCCGUACAUGCUUCAGAGUACUUUGCAUACCAUGCAAGAAAACUUCUACAACCAUUGUUUGACCGGCCCAGUAUUCAGAGAAUUCAAGCACUAACCAUGCUCAGUAGUCAUGAUUGGGGUGAGCGCAACGUUGCCAGAGCUUUUAUCUAUGUGGGAUUAGCAUGUCGUAUGGCAUUCGUUUUGGGCCUCAAUGAUUCAACUUCUUUGUGCUAUAAUGAAACAAACCCUCUUAUCUCGGAGGUUAAAAGAAGGACCUUAUGGGCUGUUUAUUUGCAGGAUCGUUGCAUUUCAAGUGGCCGAAACAGGUCAAGCUGUAUAAAGAUUGAAGAUAUCCAUAUCGAAAUGCCAGCUCUUGAAGCUGAGUUUGUCCUAGGAAAACUCAGUUCCCCAAGGCUGACCUUUGAGGAAUUUCAAUCAAUUUUAUUCGAGUCACAUGGUUCAUCUCCAACAGGCGUGGAAAAUCGUUUGACCAAUGUUAGCACAUAUUGUUUCACCAUUUUUUUAUUCGAAGUGUGGGCUAGUUUAGCGAGAUGGGUUGGUGAGAGCGGUCCACGCUCCAACAAUUUGCCGACCACGGGUUCAGGAUCCAGCUCCAAAUUCUCCGAAACCGAUAAGAAGCUAGAUGUCUUGGAGUCCACAAUACCCGUGCAUCUCUAUAAUAACACGGUCAAUUUCCAGAAUCAGGCUUCUGAAGGUACUCUGAUGUCGUUUGUCUAUAUGCAUGCACUGUUAUAUCUUAGCCGGAUAUUCCUACAUCGAGAGUAUUUCUUCAUUAAUCCAGAAACACUUCCGGCAAAUCAAUGGUACAACGCUACCAGAAAGUUCCUCCAAAGUGUGGAGCGUAGCACCAAACUGAUUUCGGCGGCUGAGUCCAUUAAUAUGAUGGUCAUAGCACCGUUUACAGGAUUUGAGCUGUUUACUAAUGCUGCAACUAGCCUCUACUUUCUCACCUCUCCUCUCAGUCUUUUAAAAAAGAACUACGAAGUUCAAAAUAAGACAGCCUAUCAGUCUUUGAAAAGCGAAGUGAAAACAUAUGUGAAAACAAACAUUGAGUUACUCAAGAAGUGGAGUUCUGUUUGGCCUAUAACAUCCUCAUGGUUUUUAUGGACCUUAGAUCUUCAAACCUCAUUAAAGUCUUUUUCUACCGAUGAGCAAGGAAUAAUGUUUAGGAAUUUGAUGAUUGACUACGGCACCACAAUAGUGGCAGAGGAGGCAAAUGAUAAUCCGUCUACUACAUCAUCACUCUCCGAGCAAGAUAAUCAAUCAGCUCAGCAUUUCCAAAAUUUGGUUUCAACGGAAGAUAAUGUUCUAACUCCAGAUAUCAACAAUAUUGUUUUGGGAUGGCGAGAGCUAUUCGAUGUGGGCCCCGAUUUGCAAUUACAGUCAGAAUGGUAA